GUAAUUGCCGGUGGGGAGGGUGUGUCAGAAUCACCCCCCGGGUGCUGUGACCUGACCGCCCGUCCCCGCCGCUGCCGCUGUCAUGGCGGCCCCAGCUCCAGCCCGAGCCCUGUCCCCGACACCAGUCCCAGCCCCAGCCCGGUCCCCGGCUCGCUGUGUCGCUGCUGGAGCAGAGGCGGAGGAUUCCGACGAUGGCUGGUACCUGGGCUGUGACACCUACGAUGACAUCCAGGCAAUGGUAGUGAAGACUUCUCAAGUGAAAACCGAUUCAAAGGAUGAGCCUUCAUUACUCAUGCUGUCAAAAAACAAUAAAACUAAAAACAAUGAUAAAGAUACAGGAACUUUGAAGGAAGCUCUGGCAUCACAAAAGUUACAUUUGGUUGAACAACUUCUAAAUUCAGGCAUAGAUGUUGAAACGCGUUUUGGUUUUGGUUGGACGCCAUUGAUGUAUGCUGCAAGUGUUGCUAACUUUGACAUUACUCGUCUCCUUCUCAAUAGAGGUGCUAAUGCAAGUUUUGCAAAUGAUCAAUAUACAGUGUUGAUGGCUGCCUGUGCUAGUAAUGAACCAGAAGAAAAAGUGGUCAAGUGUAUAGAGUUGCUGUUGUCCAGAAAUGCAAAUCCAAAUACUUUCAGCAGGAAUCAGAUGACCCCACUAAUGUAUGCAGCGAGAGAAGGCCAUACUCAGACUAUUAUACUGCUGGUGGCUCAUGGAGCAGAAAUAAAUAUUCAGGAUGAAAAUGGCUACACAGCACUGACAUGGGCAUCUUGCCGAGGCCAUCAAAGUACAGUGCUGAAACUAAUUGAGUUAGGAGCUGAUAAAACAUUGAAGACCAAAAAUGGAGAGAUGGCAGCUGAUAUUGCUGAGAAAAAUCAUCAUUCGCAGUUAGCGUCAUUACUCACUGUGACUUCAAAUUCGCCCUUAUUGGGAAAACUCCAGAAUGUAACGAAAGAUGAGGCAAUUUUCAAAUAUGUCACAAAACAUUGUAAUGCAGGGAAGAACAGCAGAAUAUGUUCAAUUUCAAAUUUUGGUGAUGUACAACUGUUUCUGUCUGGACUUGAACUUGAACAUCUUCAAGGCUUAUUUGAGGAGAAUGAGAUAUCUUUCAGAGGACUUCUGACAAUGGGAAAAGAAGACCUUGAAAAGAUUAAGAUCACUGAUCCUGAUGACCAACAGAAAAUUUUGGAAGCAGUUUGUGAAAUGCAGCCAGAAGACUUACAAGUUACUCAGUUACCUUCACUGGACAAUUUUGAUUGCAGCAGUGAAGAACUUACAAAAUUUUUGAUCAAGCUGAAGAAGCACUGUGGUCACUUGAAGUUAACAGUUCAGAAUGUGGCUAACCAGUUAUCAACCAAUUCAGAACUGAGAGUACUGGAUGUAGACCCUGACCGAAAGUCUGCUUUGGCCUGUGAAGACCUGGUUAAAUGUAUUCAGGAUCUGGAUAAAGAAGUGCAGAGAUUGAGGAAUGUUCUGCUAAAGUUGCAGAAUGACCAAGAGCAAGCUCCCAAUCGGAUACCAGCCUUGCAAAGUUAUUUCCAACCCAAUCGAUUCUUAAAGAAAGUAGCAAUUGUCCUGUUUGGAACUGGAUUUAUUUUUUCCCUCAUAAAAUUACGUGUGCUGAGAAAUUAAGCUGGAAAUUAAGAUUUUUUUCUUUCAUUCUUGGUUUUAUUUAUUUGAAAGAUUUGGUUCUUGGCAUCAUUCUGCUUAAUGAAGAGUGCUACUAUUUUUCAUAAUUGUAUUUUUGUUUAAGUUAAAACAAUGGUGCCAUUUAAAAAAAACGUUAAUUACGAAUAUUGUAUCUGAGAUGGAAACAUUUGUAAAUAGUUGCUGUAACUCUAAUUAUCACGUUCAUCUUGUAUUAAAACCUGCUGAAUAUAAAUAA